UAAACAUUCACUUCAGCAGGAGCUCCAGAGCCGUGCGGCCACGCCGAAGAGAGAGGGAGAUCUACGCAGGUUAGGAACUGAGAAAAAGUAGAAGCGAUUUCUUUUCUCGUCUUGGUGAAACUGAUUCUGAUUCUGAAAGAGUGAUAAGCGGACAGGGCCGAGAUCCAGCCUUCAGUUUUGAUCGUAGACUCAGCAGCAGGUGAACGAGACAAGACACACGAGCUACUACGCCUUUACGCAUUUUUACACUGCUGUUUUAGUGCCUGUGCGAACAGCCAGGCACUGUGUUGCUGUUCCAUAGACUGACUAAGGACUGGAUUUAAGUCUUCUGAUUAGUGCUGGCUCCGUGGAAGUCCUGUGAGAGCUGUGAGAGGUCAGACUGGCUCUAGAUCUGGACUUUUUUGCUGCCUGUGGUGUGUAAUGAAACAUAGAGGAGGAUGACCCCCGAUUGCCACCUGAUAACGGUUUUAUGGCGAGCCUUUCUCACUGUGCUGCUGUUUGAGGGCACUCCUCCUCUUCUGGCCUCCACACAGACUCUAUUACCUGGAAACACUAGCCUUGGACCGCUGGAAGAUGGCGAGCCAGCAGCAUCAUCUGCACCUGUGGGAGUGCUGAAUACUGAUAGCAGAGCUGCUGCAGACAGAUAUGGACCAAACAGUACUGAAAUAUCUCACUCUUCACACUCAGUGCCAGGUCGCAGCAGAGGAGUUAAGCCUUUGGAGAGGACGAGGCCGUUUGCUAUUGUGGAUGGACACCGGAGGAGCCUGAGUGACGUUUUGCAGAACGGUCACCCAGACACGCUGCUAUGUGGUCUGCGAGUAGGAGACAGCCUCCUUCUACUGGAGCUGGAGAAAAAUCAAGAUCUCUUGCCUAAGCCGCCCAAUGUCUUCUUCUACUUGCCAAAUGGAACUGGGGUGUCCAUGGAGGAGAGCCCAGUGACUCACUGUUAUUAUCAUGGUUCCGUCAGAGGGUUCCCUGAGUCCCGUGUGGCUAUUAGCACCUGUGCUGGCCUACGAGGGGUGAUCUUCAUCAAUGCCAGUUUAAGCUUUGAGCUUCAGCCAGACGACGAGGAGGAUGAUGAAGGAGUGGAGGGGAGUGGAAGAUCAGAGGAAGAGAAGGGAAUGCACCUGCUCUAUCCAACCCACCACUUGAGCUCUGCGUCGGGGGGCUGUGGCGUUUCUCACACCUCUAUACCACCCAUUCAGAUCAACCCACACGUACACAGGAGUAAAAGAGACAUUCUCUCAGAGACCAAAUAUAUUGAACUGGUGUUGGUGGCGGACCACAAGGAGUACCUAAAUUAUCAGAAGAACAACAAGACUAUUAUUUAUCGAAUGCUGGAUGUGGCCAACCAGGUAGACUGGUUCUACCGGCCGUUGAAUGUGCGUGUAGCUCUGCUGGGGCUGGAGAUUUGGAGUGAUCAAGAUAAAAUCCUGGUAGAUAAGAGCCCCACUGACACACUCAACCGCUUCCUGGAGUGGAGGACCAGAGAGCUGCUGCCACGACUACGCCAUGACAAUGCACAGCUAGUCAUGGGUGAGUCGUUUGAUGGCACAACAGUGGGCAUGGCCUCUCAGUCCUCCAUGUGCUCCAAGGACAGAUCUGGAGGUGUUAAUGUGGAUCACCUGGUGAGUGUGCUGGGCGUGGCGUCCACAGUGGCACAUGAGCUUGGCCAUAACCUGGGCAUGAGCCAUGACACGGCAGACCGUCUCUGCGAGUGCCAGAACGAACCGCGCCUUGGGGGCUGCAUCAUGGAGCCUUCCACAGGGUUCAUGCCUGGUCAGCUGUUCAGCAGCUGCAGUGAGCGAGAUCUCUCUCUCAGCCUGCUGCACGGUGGGGGCAUGUGCCUCUUUAACGUGCCCCAGCCAGAGAAGCUGCUGGGAGGGCCGCGCUGUGGGAACCUGUAUGUGGAGAAGGGCGAGGAGUGUGACUGUGGUCUGCUCGAUGAAUGUAAUGAUCCAUGCUGUAAUGCCAGCACCUGUAAGCUGGUUCCAGGUGCACAGUGUUCCUCUGAUGGCAUUUGCUGUGAGAAUUGUAAACUGCGUGUUGCUGGUUGGAUGUGUCGAGAGCCGUUAGGAGAGUGUGAUCUGCCGGAGUUCUGUACUGGAAGCUCCCCGUACUGCCCACCCAAUGUGUUCCUUCAGAAUGGCGAGCCGUGCCAGGAUGGUGCCUCUUACUGUUACAGUGGAGUUUGUGCCAGUCUGGAUGACCAGUGCCAGCUGCUGUGGGGAGCCAAUGCCACCCGUGCCCCUCCUGUCUGCUUUUCCUCCGUCAACAAACAGGGAAACAAGUACGGCAACUGUGGCCAAGCGCCCAACGGCACCUACAUCCCCUGCUCCAAUGCGGAUGUGCACUGUGGCAGAAUCCAGUGUCAGGGUGGGAAUGAUCGCCCCCUGCUGGGCUCUAAUGCAGAAAUUCUGACAACUAAGGUGAGAUUGAACCACAGUGACUUCACAUGUCGAGGGGCUUAUUUUGACCUGGGUGACGAUGUCUCUGACCCAGCCAUGGUGGCGCAGGGAACAGCUUGUGCUCCUGGGAAGGUGUGUUUAGACCAGCAUUGUCAGGAUGCGUCUGUGUUUGGUGUUGAGGAGUGUCACAGGAAGUGUAACGGUCAUGGGGUGUGCAACAGCAACAAGAACUGUCACUGUGAUGUGGGCUGGGCUCCACCAGACUGUAGAUACUCAGGAGCUGGAGGCAGUGUAGACAGCGGCCCUGCACGCCAGCCCAAAGACUCCAAUCCCAUGCGUGUGGCUCUGCUAGUGAUCUUCUUGUUUGUGUUGCCGGUCAUCCUGCUGUUCCUGGCCAUUCGUUUCCCUCGCUGCCGACGAAGCAUCUUCUGUUUCAAGAGCACUCCAUUCAGCAAGGCCAGGCAGCUCAGCCGGACUCCAGCCACUGAGCGAGGAAAUGCUCGUAAUGGAGAGCAGGUACUGCCACUGAGGUACCAGUGGACGCAGAAUGACAUCCCGCUCACACAGGCCAUUAGCAAGGCUCAGGGCAGGCCUGCUCCUCCUACUAAACCUCUCCCACCUGAUCCUGUCUCUAAACAGCCUGCUCAGUCACCAGGGCAACGUCCCGCCCCUCCUAACAAGCCCCUCCCUCCUGACCCAGCCCCCUCAGAGAGCAAGACACAGCGAAAGCUGACAGUGACGCGCCCGGCUGCACCCAGCAAGCCUCUCCCCCCCGACCCUGUCCUUUCACACAGACAGAUCCAGACCCCUCCUCCCCCCAAACCUCCAGUGCCCAAGAAGCCUUUGCCUGCAGACCCUUCUGGUUAUCCCCCUCCCCUACGCCUGCUGCCUGCCUCUGAGCCAGCCGGGAACCAUAAAGCUGCUGUUCCCUCUUCCAGCUUCACUCCCUCUGCUGCUGCUGUUCCAACAAGACGUGCCCCAUUGCCCCCACUUAGGGGCCCACAACAUCCCAGGAAAUACCCCAACCCUACCCCUAUGUAACCAUUGAGAACAUGCUGUUCUGCUGUUGAACCAGCGUGGACCGGCCGUGGGCCGUUGGUGUGCUGCAGACUUGCACAAUUCUAAUUGCACUGACCAUGAGAGAAGACUUAGCUAUGACUUAUUAAUGGACUUGGACAAACACCCUAAAAAGAAUUUCUUCCAUUUCUGGUUGGUAGAACUAAUCAAACAGUCAUGCUGAAACUCACUGGACCUUUAGUGGCAUUUCAGACUGUGCUGGAAAACAAGAAUACCAUGCUUGUGAAGACAUUUAUCAACGGAUAUGCAGAUUGUAGUGAAAACAACCAGUACGUUCUGUUAAACACAUGGAUAUAUGCAAAAUGUUUAGCCAGUCAAUGCCUUGAAGGUGAAGAAUGGAGAACCUGCUAUGGACGUUUGACAGAUGUGGAUAAAGAUUGAACUAAAUAGGCAGCCCACUGGCCCUGUGCUGGCUACACCAGAUGAGUGAAGUCUGCAGGCUGCUCUGAACUCCUGUGCACUUCAGCAUGACCGAAAGCCCAGGAAAUCUACACUUUCAGACACUAACUAAAAAUUCUUUACCCCAGCUUAUGUGGCCUAAGCUAAUCACUGAUGACCUGGAAGGUAUAUGGCCUGUUGUGGAAGUGUUAGCUUACCAUCCUACUGAUUUGUGCCCUUAAGCAAACUACCCAGGUAAAGGUUUUCCAGGGAAGUUUCACGGUGAGUGGCUGAUCUAAUUUAAACAAAAAUAGAAGUUCAGUAACAGAGGAAACAUGAGCUAGAUUGUGCACUUGUUACGCUCAUCUCAGUGAAUAAAUCCCACGUUUGUAUCAGUACAAAGACGACAUCAGUGCUGAGUGUUCGUCUGGAAUUUUUGCCUUUUGUAAAUACUGAAAGGGGAAGUCAAAGAUUGGUGUUUAUCAUGCAGUAUACAGUAUUUUUACGCAAUAAACAUGAAACCUAUUUUUAA